AUGGCCGACCGUUAUCACGCGGUCGCUCCGGAGCCAAUAUCAUCCAUCAGUCCCCCGGCUAGUGAGUACUCAUCAGUGCCGAUCGUGAGAGUACGCCUGUCGGAUAUCAUACCUUACGAGGGAGCCCCUUGCGAGGCUUAUGUUAAGGCUGUGGAGUCACUUUCUGGGUCCCUGACGAGGCACAAUGCUGUUUUAAUUGAGCUUGACACCGAAGAUUCGACGAUGAUGCGGUGUGCAUUGGAGUCUGCGAGGAUGUAUUUUAAGGCGAGAACGCAGUGCAGUGGCGUUGGCAGCAGUAGCGAUACUUGGAGGAAGUCAAGCGGAGGUGUUUACACGUAUCGUGCAGGAAGGUAGCUUUUGGCUUCCCGUCAGUAUUUUUAUUAUGUAAAUUUUGACUCACAAUUUGUAACCGGAGUAGAAAGCGUGGAUAUCUUUUCAUGGUACCCAUUUAUUGAUAGGACAACAUGGAUUUUUUCGCAUGCCCGCAUUUUCACCCAUUCACCAUGUGUGAUUCCUAUCUUAGACGAAUGCAUACAUUCAACAAUAAACCAAAUGAAAGGAAUUUAUUCACAUUUUUUAACAUCAUCGUUCAGAACAACCCAUUCACAUGUUUGAAAUUAUGUUUCACGUCGUUGAUGCCGUAGUCAUUUUUUGAAAUCUGGGAUGGUAAUAUUACGAUAAGUAAUAAUACUUGUCCACUGAGCCUCUUUCUAUUAUUUUCAAUAGUUAUUUCUUGAUUCCACUUUCCUUGGACCUCGGAAAACUGCUUUCUGAUGUCGUAGUAAAAGGACAGCAUCACAUUCCUACCUAAGAGGGCUUUUUGGCAACAUUUCAAGAGAUAUUCGUGGCGUCCUCUUUCUAUCAUCUGUAUGUCUGUUGCUCCUUUGAUCUUGCUCAGAGUUAUUAGGAUAUGAGUACAACAUUGCUCAUUUGCUCCCAUAAACAACAGUUUAUACGUGCUCUGAAUUUGUUUUGUUCUAUUCUGCUAUUAACUCCCAAGGUUAUGAAUCUCUUCAUCCUUAAAAAAAUUCUUCACCAUUUCAUUCUUGCAGUUUUUGCCAAGUUAAAUGCUUCGUGGUAUGAUAGAGUACUGAAAAAACAUUGUUUUUUAGCCUUUCGUUUUUUGCCAUUUGAUUUCAAAAUACACUUCAUAGAUAGGUAUAUCUGUCUGCCAGGGCUUUAGAAGAUGGAGACCUAUCACCUCCAUGCAUGAGUGAGGCUUUCAAGUGCUUGGGAAAGGCCGCUCGUGCUGCUCUAUAUGCAGUAGCUAGGCACCUUCGUCUACAUAGCAAGUAAUACUUCUGUUGAUGUCUAACUAGCCUUAAAUAUUUUGACUUUCAUGUUUUAACCAUUUUUGGGCAGUGUUUUCAACCACCUGCUUGAUGAUUCUCCAUUGCCUCUAAAUGAGGUAUCGUCAUCUGUAUUGAUUGCAACCUUUUCUCAAAAUUCGCUGUCAAAUGGAAAGGUAGUAGUGGGAUGUGGGAAGGCUGGAAAUAGUGAAGUUGAGAAGGGUUUAUUGGCAUUGAUUGCUUCAGACAAUCCCGGAAUUCAGGUGCUUAGUUCUUAUCUUUUACUGUUACUGUCAAUAUUUUUAGUAUGUUUAGGGUUCUGGUUUUGUGCACUAGUGGUGUUGACUUGUAGAUUCUGAACGUGGGAUUGGUUGUCCCAUAAUUGCAGGGCAAUUGUCAUAAACUGUGCAGUUUUCUUACUUUGGGCUUCAAAUCAUUUUUUUCAGUCAUCUCUUGGAUAGGUUUGUGACCCAAAUGGUCGUUGGUACCUAGCAGAUGGAGCUUCUGGGCCUGGGGAUCUUCUAUUGAUUACUGGCAGGGCUCUCAGCCAAGCUACAGCUGGUCUUCGCCCUGCCACCUCAUAUAGGAUUGUAGUUGACUCUUUGUCAGGCAUCACUUCUCGUGGAAGGUCUGUCAUUUCAUCUACUGCUCUGUUUUAUGAUACUAUUCUAUCUGAUUUCGAUCUAGUCGACUAAAGGCCUGUUUUAUUAUUCCAUCCAAUUGAAUGCAUUGAAAAGAUUCCAUUGAUCUAAGUUGAGGUCAGGAAAUGAAUUUCAUCUGAACUUCGCACCACUUUUGAGCUUGUAGGGUAUCCCUGAGAUUUAAGCUUAUGCCACAAAGCCAUGCUAUACUGGAUUGUUCUCCAAUUGCCGCUGCUGGUCAUGUUAUUCCUCAGAGUUUUGUGCCAACAACAGUGAGCCAAUUCAUGGAUGACCUGUCGGCUGAGGAAGAUACAAUUUUCAACCGUCAUGAUAAUUAUGUGCGUAUUUUUUCCAGCUAAAUAAUGAUGAAUAAGAACUCUCAGACUCUAAUAAGAAAUAUUGUUAUUGAAACAAAAUUGUAAUAAGGCACAGUAUUUUCCUUCAAAUUGGUGAAUGGUAGCCUCCGUACAUUGUGAGGAAAUAUUUUUAAUAUUAUUAUUUUCAUGCCUCGUUAUCAGUUCAAUGUCACUUUGGAAUUGCAGGAAGCUCAUCGGAAUUUUAUUAGGGAGCCUUCACUGAGAAGUUUGCUGUCAGAUUCAACAUCGUGAGCUCCGUGUUCUUUUUUUCGAUUUUCAAUUUUCAUGAGCUGUCUUAGCGUGAAUGAUUUUGAUUUGCGUGAUUUUUAUUUAAAAUUUCCUUAUAGAUGGUUUUUGAAAUUAGUAUAGGGAACCAUUUUUUUGCUCAUAUAUUCACGUUAAAAAAUUACCUAAUAUAUUAUGUUGUGACUGUUAGUUAACUGAGUAGAAAAUGAGAUGCGGAAAUGGUGUAAUCUUUUAACAUAAUGUCCCGGAAAAUCUCUAAGGUCGGAACUAGAAGUAUGUCAAUAUCCCAAAACCAGGUGAGAAAGGCUGGCCUGUUCAUUUUAAUUUAAGCAUAAACCUUCCUGGAAUGGUGAAUAUUUAUGCAAAUCGAUUGACUUGAGUCGGAUACCUGUCUCAUCUGAAUGCACCAGGAAAUCAAAUCCCAUUGUUUUUUCACAUGCCUACAUUGGUCAAACUAGUUCUCAACCGGAUAAGCCAAAGAUAACUGUUCAGCAAGAUCCCCCUAUCUGAAAACUUAGUAGUAAGAAUGUAAAGAAGAAAAACACGAGAAAUAACACGUGUGAGUUUUUUUUAAAAAAAAUCCUUAUAUAGUUUGCAUAUUUCGAAGAGCAUUUAAAGUUUUUCCCCAUUUAUUAUUGCAACAUCUGGGUUUCCUUGGGAGCAAGAAGAAUAAAGGAAAUAAAGAAAAGGAGAAAGAAGGAUCUUCUCAAUGUGGAAGCAGGCUUUGCAGUUUGCGGUCUGCGACUUUUCUGCUUGUUUGGUUCCUUCCACUUCUGUGCUGUAUCAUUAACUUCUAUGUCAUCAUUAUGUCACUGCUCUCUAAACGCCAUACUUGCUGCAUGAAUUAUGUCAUCACUAGGAACUGUAGUUUUUCUGCUUUUGUUGUCUUAUCUUACGAUGCUAGUGCUUGUUUUUACUGUGCUAGUGAUUUUAUUUGAUUUUUCUCCCUUUCUUGUUUUCAUCCCAAGAGCUAUAUGCCAGUGAACAGGCAUGAAUUUGAACGUCUAAGGUUAACUAUCUUAAUUAUUCGUGUUUUUUUAAUCUCGGUAUUCAGCGGUGCCUUUCUUGAAGAUGCUGUUGUUGUCUCCUGUGGACAUUCGUUUGGUGGCGACAUGCUAAAGAAGGUUAUUGAAAUGGUAUUGUAACCUCUGAUUUCCUUCACAUGUCGUUCAGUUUUUGAAAUAUUUUCAGUAAAAAGGACUCCGAAGGGAAUAUCUUGAACUGAUUUAAAAACAUGGAUUGAAAGAUGGUCUGGAAUUAAUUCAUUUUUUAAUUUUUUUCCAAACAUGAAAAAACUCAAGCUUUUUUGUAGAGAAGCAAACUUAUUCCGGGGAAAAACACAAAUUUUUUAUUUGAAUGCUUUUGACGUCUUUCCUUGUGAAAUCUAUGCUCCAUUGCUCAAUCCCAAAUCCUCACAUAGGAAGGAAGAAAUCAGUAGAAGUAUGUCUUCUGAAGCCCAUGCGCCACGUUCUACUUUGAGAAAUUUAAAGCAAGUCCUAUGGUGACAUCAACUGAUGGACUUUAUAUAUGAUAUGACAUACAUAAAACCAUCAUCUCAUUCGUCAAUAAAUGAUGCCGGCAUUUAGUCAUUCAUCUAUUUGCUGUUAGUUGAUAGUUAAUUAGUGAAUAAUUUGCACGCUUUGAAGAUCAUAUUAACUUUCAAACCGUGUUUAUCACCACAACAAUCUGGAUCAAAAAAGAAAUACAGGAAAUGGAUUUCGAUUUGGUUAGCUAGCUAUUCUGUCGACGGCUGGGGAAAGUUAACAAGCGUUCAUCACCUGAUAUCUUACCUUGUUCUCAUUGCAGGCUAGAUGCUCGCAAUGCAACUCUGAAAUUGAACCUGGGGUUUUGAUUCCGAAUUAUGGUACGCUCCAGGUCUUCUGUAUUCAAAAGUUUUAUAGAGCAUCUGCUACCAGUUCCAUCCCCGCUGUCUAAUCAUCCUGGAAAUUCUUCAGCCAUGAGAGCUGCUGCUGUUGCCGUGAAAAAUGAGGAUGGCCGGAGGCUCUUCCAUAAUGCUGUUCUCCGGAAACGAAGGAAAGAAAUGGCAGAACAGAUGGAUGCUCCAAAAAGAUUGAACAAGGUGCGGUGCUGGGCAUUUCAUUCUAAUUUUUCUCCGGUUUCUCUCUCCUCUUUCUAUAUAUAUAUAUAUAUAUAUAUAUAAUUUUUACAGGAAGAUAGAGAGUUGACCGGAGAUGGAGAUGCCCUCAGACGGUCAAAAGGUGUCCUGUCCCCAUUUGCGGUCAACGAAAGAGUGAUGAUCAAGGUUAGGCAGCUGGGUUUCAACAAGCUAAUCCUCUCGGAACUGAAGUAUGGCAUGAUGUUGAUCGAAUCAUUCGCGCAGGGAAACAGAAGAACACCAGAUAAGUUGGUUGGCAAAGAAGCUGUGAUCAAAUCCCAGUGCUUGAAUGGCUGGUAAUCACUCGCACUGCUCUUGUCUUAUAAUCGUAUGAGGAAGGUCUAGGGUUCUUGGGGCCUGGAGGAGAGAAGCUCCAUUGCUUGUUUGGGAAUAAUGUUCUACCCUUUUGUGUGAGCUACAGUAAAAAGGGUUUUUUUUUUUUUUUUUUUUCUCAUCACAGAGGAUAAAUGGGUUCUCUCUCACCUGAUCUUCAGGUAUCUUCUCAAGAUUCUUGAGAGCGGGGAGAGCGUUCGGCUGCAGUAUCGCUCUCUUUGGAAGGCCUCAGGCUCCGAGGAGGGCGGGAGAAGCCAAUCCAGCCCGCUGAUUCAGAGUGGCGGCUGA